CAUGCAUGUGUGAGUCAGGAGUUGGCGUCCCAGUGCAUGAUAUGAUGGCCAGGGGUCUCUGGACUGAAAUACUCACUUGAAGACUAUUGGGACAACUUUCAAAGUUUACCUGACAUCAGGGAAAUUUUUAACCUGUGGCCACAGGGACAAAGUCCUCUUAUUUUCUCUUUUACUUUCUCUCAUUCACUCUCCUUUCUCAUUUUCCCUCUGCCGGAGCGGUUGGAUUACUUGUUCAGGUGGAUGGCUCAAAACGCAACCUGACACAACAAAGCCCUCCAACCACAAAGAUUCAGUAAAGCUUCGACACAAUUACACAAUGAGUGAUCAGGAAGAGGAGGGUGCUGUGGCGAUGCCCAUUUGCGGUGCAACAGGAAUCAGUCCCACGUCCCCUCCUCCUGACCUUUGCCAUGUCUGUGGACAACGGCACUUACAGGAGGAGAACCAUGAAUAUUCCUACAAAGAGGAGGUGGAUGAUGACCUUAUGUGCCACAUCUGCCUUCAGCCUUUGAUCCGGCCACUGGACACCCCCUGUGGACAUACCUAUUGCCAGGAGUGCCUGACAAACUUCCUGCUGGAGAGCGACUUCUGCCCGGUGGACCGCACUCCCCUGAUGCUGCAGACCUGUCGCAAGUCCAGCCUGCUGGUGCACAAGCUGCUGGAUAAACUGAUGGUGUCCUGCCCCUUUACUGAACACUGCACUGAAGUGGAUGGCUCAAAACGCAACCUGACACAACAAAGCCCUCCAACCACAAAGAUUCAGUAA